AUGCCUGGCCUCAGCUUUGACAACUAUCAGCGGAACCAGUUUCUUGCCGCGAAAGGUUUUGGAACGCCCCGCGCAACGUCUACAGGUACCACGAUUGUGGGAUGCAAAUUUGCUGGAGGAGUGGUGAUUGCGGCCGAUACUAGAGCCACUGCCGGUAGCAUUGUUGCCGACAAAAACUGUGAAAAAUUGCAUCGUUUGGCACCCCAGAUCUGGUGUGCGGGAGCAGGUACUGCUGCAGAUACCGAGAUGGUGACUCAAUUGAUAGCAUCGAACUUGGAGCUUCAUUCGUUAUCUCAGAACCGCAAGCCGCGAGUCAUUACUGCUUUGACAAUGUUGAAGCAACAUCUUUUCAAAUACCAGGGUCACUUGGGAGCAUACCUUAUUGUAGCGGGAGUGGAUCCCACCGGAGCACAUCUUAUGUCGGUCCAGGCACACGGAUCGACGGAUAUAGGUCAAUACCAAUCGUUGGGAUCGGGUUCGUUGGCUGCGAUGGCCGUUCUUGAAACCCACUGGAAACCAGAUAUGACCAAGGAAGAAGCGGUGCAGUUGUGUGCCCAGGCCAUUGAGCUGGGUAUUUGGAACGAUUUGGGAUCGGGAUCCAAUGUAGAUGUGUGUGUGAUGGAGGUAGGCAAAGAUGCCGAGUUGUACCGCAACUACAAGACUCCCAAUGUGCGUGAGUCGAAAACGAGAUCCUACAAGUUCCCUCGCGGGACUACGGCUGUUCUCAAGGAGAGAUCGUGGCAGGUGGUUGACGAGCAGGUGGUUGCUUUGGGAGAACCAAUGGAGGUGGAUGCUUAG